AGUUGAGACAAAGCUAACAUGCUAAUGGCGAGAGGGGUGUCGGGCUGUCCCUCUCACACAUGUCCUGCUCUAAUGUCCCACCUGGGCCGGGUUAAUACGAGUCCGGACACGGACUGAGCGACCUAGACACUCCGAAGACAAGUUUGUGUGUGUUUUGUGAGGAAAAGAGGUGUUAAAGGAAAGUGAAAUAAAGUGUUCCUCCCUGAAGUUUGGUAGUAGUUGCUGCUCUCUGGUGUCCAUGUCACACACACACACACGCACACUGAGACACAGCAGUGAUUUGCUGCUGCUAGAAAAAAAAGUAGGACGGAAGAAGAGCAUUUCAAUCUGUCCAACAUUUAAAGUUAAACAGGUUUUGGUUAUUUUUAGUCCUUGGAGCCAUGUGAGGUGUCCUGUAAUGUCCACGGAGCAGGAUAAAGAUUCAUUCUCGCUCAAAAGAAACAGAGGAGGUGACGGUGGUCUGGAUGGUUUAGGAGGGCCCGGUUUGCUCCUGGGGAACCCGGAUAAAAAGAAACGCAAGUCAAAUCCACAGGCUCCGUCAUUCGCGCCGCUCUCCGAAUAUGCGCCUCCUCCGAACCCGAGCGCCGAUCACCUGGUGGCGUCCAACCCCUUCGACGAUAACUACAACUCUCCUCCUGUGUCUCUGAAACCGCCGAACAACCCCAACCCCUACUUCGGCCCGUCUCACUACCCAGGGUUCAGUGGUUAUGGGCUGCCCCGAAUGGUACCGCACAUCCAGAACAGGAUGCCUGCUCCUUUUGGGUCCCCGUUUCAGAUCCGGACCCAGCCAAACCCAUUCGUCCAGAACCCGAUGGGCCCGAUGGGCUUUAACCGAGCGCCAGGGUUCAGCUAUGGGCAUCCUGAGAACCCGGCCUUCGCUAACCAGCCCGUGUUUAAUAACAACACUGGCAUGCACCAGCACUUCAGACCAGGUCCUGGAGAGAGCAUCAACCAGCUUUCUCUUUCCAGCAUGAACCAGAACCACGGUCCUGAUCCGAUGUUCAGCCCAGAGGUGACGAUGUCUGGGAAUCGUCCGGCAGUGAAAUCUGGCCCGGUUAUGAGCCCUGGACUGAACUUCGUCCAACCUGCAGCGCUUAAACAGGAACUGGGUGAGAGCGGAAACAAGAACGCAACGCCUCCACGGAAACCGAACCAGAUCUUGGAAGAGGGAGGUGCUCAAGAGAGCCAGGCGGAGCUUAAAGGGAAGAACACAAGAUUGAAUGUAGAAGGAGGCAUGGAGAAGAUCAACGGUGUCCUCCACCCCAACAUGGAGCCGUUAAAGAAAUCUCCUCAACCGGUCACGGAGAACAGCGCCGAGAGAAACCGGCGGCCCGCGCACAACAAAACCGGCUCAGCCAAUAGCAAGAGAUCGAGUCGUGUGAGUGGCUCCGCCCCGCCCGAGCCCUUGUACCCGUGCGGGAUCUGCCUGGGUGAAGUGAACGAUGAUCAGGAGGCCAUCUUGUGCGAGGCCUCGUGUCAGAAGUGGUUCCACCGCGUGUGCACAGGAAUGACGGAGACGGCCUACAACCUGCUGACCGCCGAGGCGGCCGCCGUGUGGGGCUGCGACACCUGCAUGGACGAGAAAGAAGGAGCGCAGCUGCUCAAAACCAGGGAGGGGUCCGGCUCGGCGACGGCAAACAGCGAGGGACAAACCUGAAUAACGCCUCCGUGUGUGUGUGUGCGCGCGUGUGUGUUUUCAACAUUUUAACCUUUUUGUUUUCUCCGAGUUUUCUUCAGAUGUCGAAAAUAAUGUGCCACGAAUGCAAAGUUGCAACUUUUUAUAAAUCGCAAAUCAGCACUUGAUUUUGGAUCUCGACUCAAUAACAAUUCGUAUUUAUCACUGAAGGAACUUAAACUUAUCCGGUACGUGACACGAGGCGUCCAGUCUGCAAAAUCGUAACGCAUUUCUCAUAACUCGAGUCUUGGUUAUUUGUUUGUUGAAGCCCCGCCCCUUUAAAUGUAAAGAUUGUGAGUGAGACUGGCUCGCCGGGUGACGUGACGAUAUGAUUUCAACAUUGCGAUGAAUUAUGUAACAAUUAUAGUUGUUUUUUCCAAGAUAAAAUAUUUAAAAUAAAAAUCACAAGCCGGUGAUUUUGAUGUUAAAGAAAUGUGUAAAGUUGUCAAUCCUUAAAAUCAGAAUCACAAAUACUUUAAUAAUCCCAAGGGGGAAAUUAAGUCCGUCUGCAGUAACUCGCACUCAAGAAGUCGAACAGGUUUGUUUUGACAGAAUUGUUUGAGCGACGAUUUAUUCUUAUCGACACUAAAAUAUUAAAUUCUUUUUUGUUUUUUAACGCAGCCGUAUUGGCCUGAGUUUCCCAAAAGCACCGCAGCACAAAGAUCAUCGUUAAAUGGUAGAGCGAGCAGCACAAUGAACGCUCUCUCUCUCUCUCUCUCGUGUGUAGUUAAGAUGCUCUUAGAGUUAAGAGGCUUUUGGGAAACCCGCCACUGUUCAGUAUAUAUCAUGAGGCAUAGUGUGUAUCGUAGAAACGUCGUGGUUGAGAUAGGUCACAGACUACGGGUUUGACGUCGCUAGCAAUGAUGACUGGUUCUUUAGGACGCGCAGAAACGCAGAUGGGUCGCGAGGCCAGCACCAGAGCGACAGAGUCGCCCGCAGCGGCGGUAGCCGAGCCGCCAUGGAAAUAUCCGGCCUCGUGAGCUCUUGUAUACUAUUCUCCUCUCCUAAUGAAGCACCUUGCACGGUAAGGUAAGACAAACGAUGUCGUGCCACCAUCAUGUUGUCUCUUUGGACCUCCAGACCUGAUGCCAAGUGGUGCACAAAAGUGCCACAGACCUGACGGGUAUGGAAGUUGCUCCACAGUGACAGCUGACUCGCUGAGAGCGAGUGAUGUCAUCUGUUGGCCAUUUGAGUGGCCCUUCCGCAGGCCAUCUGGUGGUGCGUCAUUGACCCUGUUGGGUUCAUCUGCCACACUGCACUGAAAAGCGCCCUGCAGCCAGCGCCUUAUUGGUGAUGUACUAUUUAACCCAUCGCUGGAACCCAGGCAGGUGCUACCACUCCGGGUCAGAGCGGACCUGGGAGCACUCGUGAUUAAGGGGUGACUCCAUUUUCCCCAAUGCUCAAGUCCUCCCGGACCUCAGACUCCCCACCGGUCGCAGUUUAAAGUCAUACUAACAGACUACGGAUUACAGAAAAGGAUACAGAAUUGGUUACCGAUUUCUUCCGGAUGGAUAAAAAAUGAAGACGUCUAAAACAGAUGUUUGGACUGCCGAAGUUCAUAAUUAAAAUAUCUUACCUGCAUACGUGCAGCCAGCGCUACGGGAUUGUUGUCCCGGAUUCUGUUUACAGAGCACGUAGAAACGGCGUUGAAAAGCCCUUGAUAUUUUUCGCUUGCCGAUCAACGAAUAAUCAUCUCAACAGCGCCCUCUACGGGAUACAUUCACCACUUUUAACAUCAUCCGAGUUAGCUGAGACAAGUAUAGAUCUUCCUCCUGCCAUAAAAGUCACCGAAUGACAUUUUGAUUUGUCGUCAAUCAGUUUUCGUGCAAUAUUCGCUUUGCAGCGCUGAUAGUCCACCACGUGUUUUCGUAACCUUCCGAGGAGCAUUUUGUUUCUCUGUUGCUCAACAAAUCCGGAAAAUUCGCCAAUGAUUUCCAGUCUCCUGAUGGAUUCGCAAGGUUCUGUAUCAUCUGUCGUCAGUGCCUGGACCAUAUUGGUUUCAUGCCAGAUUUACAGUAACGUCCUUCGGUCCAAUUUCACUUUGGUUUGUAUUUCCUGCAUACAGAGGCUUGGUAACGUAACGCAGCAGGUAGAACUCAAGAUCCAUCAUCUGACAGGAAAUAAUCUGGUGGACUGACACGUUUAUAUGUUUAUUAAUAUACUAUUGAUAUUUCACGGAAAAAAAAAUCACACAUCCGUGAGUAAAAGAUCCGUACCAUAUUUUUUGCAUUAUGCGUGAAUCCGUAUUCCGUGACUCGUCCGCAUUUUGUAAACGUUCUAGAAACGUUGCCGGGUAUCGCAGGUAUCGUAAUCGUGGUAUUUUUGUCGUAUCGCCCGUCCCUAAGAUCAUUGUGAAUAAUUAACUAGAUAAACUGGAAACGUAGCAUUAAAAGGUGUGUGGGUGUGGUACAGACUCAAACACCACGAAACAGUUGCAGUUACAAUCCCGAUACGGAUUUGCGAUUUGUAAAACAAGUCGAGUCGUGUUAUUUUUCUUUUCCCCUCAAUGAAUUUUUUUCAUCUGUCGCUCGUCUGUAAAAUCUCUCCUGAAGCUCUCAGUGAAGUCGUGGACAUAAAUACUGACGUUGAGGGUGUGUCCGUGUCGCCAUAAGUUUUCCUGUCGCCUGAGUAUAACUGUUAUCUCCAUUUUCCGCUGUCGAAACUUGUUCUAACACCCAUACCCCCCCCUCCCCUUUUUUUUCCUUCUUAUUUGGUCCUGGUCAGUUCCCGCCCCCCAGCCGGCUCUCCCUCAUCACGCUCAGAGGAAAGCGCUAUCCGCCGGCUUCCUCAUACCUGAGCUCACAGAUGGCUACGGUGUAUCGCUGUGAUUAACAGGAGAACGAGAGAGAGCCCCGCCCAGACAGUUAGCACACCCAAUUACACCCUCGUGGACUCCCAGCCACAGAUGGGUGUAGCAUCGUCGGGAUUAGAACUCAUGAUGUCUGACAGAUAGAGCGCGAAUGCUUUAACAUUGAAGAGUUUUUAACACCUAAAACUAUUUUAAUGAUAGAUGAGGGUAUGUUUCCAGUCGAGGACGAAGAGCUGAUAUCAAUAUCGCGAUAAAUUGUUGCGAUACUGUCAGCUGUCAGCGUUUAUUGGAUGGAAAUUGAAUCCUGAAUAUUUUAUUGUAUUUAAGAAUCAUAUUAUUACGAACAAGAAUAAUACUAUAAUUAUUAUUUCAUUUAAUUUUUCUUCCCCGCUUCAACUUUAUAGUCAGGUCUUUUUUUUGUAACGUUUCUGAAGAACAAAAUCCAGACACGUUCGACAUGACGGUUUAAUCACUUUAUUAGAUAGAGGAUGAUAUUUAUUAAGAAGAAGAAGCCUUUAUUUUUGUCACACGUACACUCAAGCAGAGUGAAAUUCCUCCUCUGCACUUCACGCAUCUGAAGCAGUGAACACACACACCCUCACGGUUUUCCUGCCGAUCCUGGGAAUCGAAAUAGGUCCCGAACCUUCACACCGUGGCUCAUGUGCUCUCCUUGGAAACGCUUCAGUCAUUACGUCAGAGGAGCGAAUGAAGAAUAAAGUGUCUUUGCGACGCUGAAUGUAGCGAUGAUCGUUUUUCUGAACGAUGCGUCGUCGAGCUUCAGAGCGUUUCUGCUUCGCUGCAUCGUUCUCCUUUUGCCGUGUUUCCUCCGUUUUGUUAUUCGUUCUUAAGGUAAUUGUGGUUAAUGUAGCAGAGAGAGAUGCGAUGACAAUAAUAAUAAUAAUAAUAAUAAUAAUGCACGCUUAUUACUUGGUGUGUGCACUACAAUGCUUUUAAAUCAUCUGAUGAUCAUUUAAUGGCAUUUCCUUUCCUGAUUUGUUCUGUUUUAUAUGAGGGUUUGUUACUUGAAGGUCGAAGAAAUUGCACAGAAUAUAUCAGUCCACCAUUUAUGGACGGUCAAUAAAAAUUUAUAUCAUCUCA